CUGACGUCAUGCGUGCGUGCGUGCUGGCGGCGGGAAGAAGGAGGCGUUGCCAAGAUGGCGGCGAUGGCGGCGCUGGGCCGGCGGCUGCUGCCGGCGCUCGGGAGGGCGGGCGGGGGCAGGAGGGUGCAGACCCCCCCCGGAGCGCCCCCCCCCGCCCCGCAGCCCCCCCCCGUUGAGGAGUCCACAGCUGACUUUGCCUUUGUGGAGCGGCUGCUGCCCCCCACCCGCGUGCCCGACCCCCCCCCGCACCCCUCCUACCCCACCCCCUCGGGCUGGAGCCCCCCCGCAGGCCCCCCCCCGGCGCUGCCCUACUUCGUCCGCCGCUCCCGGCACCACAACCUGCCCGUGUACGAGCGGCUGGUGAGCGGGAACCGGCGCCUCACGGAGCUGCGCCACGUCGAGGGCGACCUCUGGGCGCUGGAGCGGGAGGUGCGGGAGCUGCUGCGGGCUCUGGGGGCGCCGCAGCCCGAGGUGCGGGUGAACGAGGUGACGGGCGAGCUCCGGCUCAAGGGGCACUGGGGCGCUGAGCUGCGGCGCUGGCUGCUGCAGCGCGGCUUCUAGCACCCCAUAAUAACCCAGAGCACCCCCAAAUGCACCCUGUAAUAACCCAGAGCACCCCCAGAGCACCCCAUAAUAACACGGAGCACCCCCAAAUACACCAAAACACCCUAAAAUGCAUCCUGAACUCUGAAAUAUACCCCAGAUACACCCUGUAAUAACCCAGAGCACCCCUGCAUACACCCCAUAAUAACCCAGAGCACCCCCAAAUACACGCCAUAAUAACCCAGAGCACCCCCAAAUACACUGAAACACCCUAAAAUGCAUCCUGAACUCUGAAAUACACCCCAGAUACACCCCGUGAUAACCCAGAGAACCCCUAGAGCACCCCAUAAUAACUGAGAAACAACCCAUAAUAAGCCAAACCACCCCCAAAUACAGCAAAACACCCUAAAAUGCAUCUUGAACUCUGAAAUACACCCCAAAACACCCCAGAUACACCCCAAACUACCCCCCGGAGCACCCCCAAGUACAUGCUGGAACACCCCAGAGUACAACCCAGUACCCCAAAAUAUGCCAGAGCACCCCAAAAUACACCUUGAACCCUGAAAUACACCCCAAAAUUACCUCAUAAUACACCAGAACACCCCCAGAUACAGCCCGAGCCCCCAAAACACACCUUGAGGCCUGAAAUACACCCCAAAAUACCCUAGGUACACCCCAUAAUAGACCAGAACACCCCCAAGUACACCCCAAAACACACCCCAGUACCCCAAAAUACCUCAUAGCCCCCCAAAACACCCCCUGAACCCUGAAAUACACCCCAUAAUACCCCAGAGCACCCCAAAACACCGCUCUGGCACCCUGAAACCCACCCCAAACCUCACCCUAGCACCCCAAAAUCAAUCCCUGUACCCCAGAACAAUGCAGAGCACCCCAAAAUGCACCCCAAAAUGGGGCUGAAGCCCCCCACAAGCAGUGAGAAACCCCAAACUCAAGUCAAAGCUGCUGCUGAGCUGGGGGGGGACCCCCAAAACUGGGGUUUAAAGCCUCUUGUGACCCCAACCUGUGCCGGGGACCCCAAGACACCUUUGUGACCCCCCCAAAUAAAGGCCCCUGGGGGGCUCCUCGUG